AUGGCAUCCGCUUCCGACAGCAUAACGGACUCGGAGAUUGAAACGGAUCUGCUGGCAAGUGCGUACGAGGCCAAAGACUCCGCCAUCACGGCCGGAAAGCAUUACGUGGUUGAUUAUGAGGCUACGCGGCUUUCCACGAUUAUGGUGCUUUUCACAUGGAAAGGCACAGUUUUCUACAGCGGCAUUCUCUGGGUGGAGCAGAUCCUAGUGCUAGGCGUCUACGUCGCCACAGCCGUCAUCGUCCGUGAAUGUGGAUUCGAGGAUAAGGCUGCUGAGAAAGAUGCGGCCGGAUUGGCCGACAAGAUGGCAACUUUGGCGGCUUUCUUGUUAGGCUUCUACACUUCCCUGACUGUCAGCCGCUGGUGGCGCCUACGAACCGAUGGCAUCGGAAACAUCUGGUCGGCGACCUCCCAGUUGAACUUGUUCCUGUCGCAGUUCGUCACCCAGGACAAGCAGCUCCUGCAAGCCGUGCGUCGCUACGCACGCGCCUCCCUGGCGAUCAUCUUCAUGAAGAGGCGCUUUGGAGCCCAGAACCUGCCGCAGAAGCUGGAGCUGUUGGUCAAGGAGGGUAUCCUCUAUGAGGACGAGGUGGAGCAGCUUCGAAGGUACAACAACAAUCUGGCGGAGAGCAUUUGGACCUGGAUUGCACACAUCGUGGCUGACCUUGACAAGAAGGGGAAGAUCAAAGGAGAGGUGAUGCUCAACUUCCUUAUGGAGCGGGUCAACCUUGGUCGUGGCGGCGCGGCACUGAUUGGCGCGCAGAUGGGAACCCCCAUCCCUUUGCCGUACAUACACCUCAUGGGCGUCUUGGUGAAGAUCCACAACGCCGUCCUCGGCGUCACCUUGGGCUUCAUCCUCGGGUCCUCCUGGGAGGACAGCCGGUUCACCUGCUGGCUGCUGAGUAUCAAGGCGUUCUUCAUCCCACUCCUCUACAACGCCAUCCUGCUCGUCAACGCGGCCUUGGCAGAUCCUUUCGACGGCGAGGUGAACGACUUCCCCUACAAGAAGUAUGAGGCGGGCAUUGAAGGGGAUGGAGCCAGCUACGUGGAGGCGGGGGAGCACGUGCCGGCGUGGCUGAAGAAGUCGAUCUGA